AGUAGUAGUAGUAGUAGUAGUAGUAGUAGUAGUAGUAGUAGUAGUAGUAGUAGUAGUAGUAGUAGUAGUAGUAGUAGUAGUAGUAGUAGUAGUAGUAGUAGUAGUAGUAGUAGUAGUAGUAGUAGUAGUAGUAGUAGUAGUAGUAGUAGUAGUAGUAGUAGUAGUAGUAGUAGUAGUAGUAGUAGUAGUAGUAGUAGUAGUAGUAGUAGUAGUAGUAGUAGUAGUAGUAGUAGUAGUAGUAGUAGUAGUAGUAGUAGUAGUAGUAGUAGUAGUAGUAGUAGUAGUAGUAGUAGUAGUAGUAGUAGUAGUAGUAGUAGUAGUAGUAGUAGUAGUAGUAGUAGUAGUAGUAGUAGUAGUAGUAGUAGUAGUAGUAGUAGUAGUAGUAGUAGUAGUAGUAGUAGUAGUAGUAGUAGUAGUAGUAGUAGUAGUAGUAGUAGUAGUAGUAGUAGUAGU